CUCUACAGUAGUCUGUGGUCAUGUCGUUGAUGUCAAAUACCAAGUACAUACAUACAUAAUUAAGUUUUUGGGAUUUUUUAGCAUUACAAGAAAACUGAAGUAUUUGUAAUACAUAACAAAGAAAGAAAUAAGGUUUAUUCCGAAUACACGCAAAUUUUUCCAGAAAAUACUUUACUAAAAUUAAUAAAAUGAGUUUCGAAAACAACAGUAACGGCAAUGAAAAAGAAGAACGUAAAUAUUCACACGAGCGCAACAAAUCCGACGAAUUACAACUAUCACGGACUGACAUGAACAUGUUAAUAAUGAAUUAUCUAGUAACAGAGGGCUUCAAAGAAGCAGCCUUGAAGUUUCAACAGGAGGCAGGUCUACAAGAGCCAGCCCUAUGCAGUUCCUUGGACGAGAGGAUAAUGAUCCGUGAAGCAGUACAGGGUGGUAGAAUCCCUGAAGCUAUUGCUAUGGUCAAUUCAUUACAUCCUGAGCUUUUAGAUAAUGAUAGAUAUUUAUACUUCCAUUUGCAGCAAUUACAACUUUUGGAGCUGAUUCGUGCAGGACGUGCUGAAGAGGCAUUAGCCUUUGCAAGUGCAACGCUCGCAGAGGCUGGUGCCAAUGAUGCCAAUGCUCUGACUGAACUAGAGAGGUCAUUGGCUUUACUGGCCUUCCCUGACCCACAUACCUCACCCUUUGCUGAUCUGCUGCUGCCUUCGCACGGUCAAAAGAUUGCAAGUGAACUCAAUGCGGCUAUACUCAAAAUGGAGAAUCAAGAAUAUACAAAUCCAAAGCUGUGCAGUCUUCUUCGCAUGAUCCUGUGGUCUCAGAGUGAGCUGGACAAGCACAACAUCAAGUACCCUAAGAUGACAGAUCUUGCUAAUGCUACUAUAGGGCAACCAAAGUAACCAAUCUGCUGUUUAACAAUUAGAAUAUUUAUUACCUCAACAGGACUUGUGAUGUCUUAAAAGACCCGAGUAAAUGGAUUGAAAAAAAUUAAAAGUGUACUUAUUUUUUGAGCUUAAAUUUUUUUUAAAACAAUAAUGAGCUAACAAAUAAAUUAAAAAUUUGGAUACUUUUAUCAAACUAUUCAUUAAAUGCAUGUAUUUUGUGGUACGAAUGUACCAGACUGUAACCGAAAUGAAUGUAAUGUCAAUGUAUCAGACAUCACAAGUACUCUUGUAGAAUUUUAAGGAGUUUAGUGCUUAAUAGUGAUCUAACGAGUAUUCGUAGAUGUUAUCGCCUACACAAGUUCAUUUGCUACUUACUGACACUUCUACCGUACCAUGGUACCUACUAUUUUGUAAAGG